UUCGGGUGCUGACGGGUAAACUUCCGGGUAUGUUUUUCGUCUUGCAGGGAGACACUCAGCGGGACCCCCCCCUCCCCAAAGAGGACAUGAUGAAUGUGAUCAAUAACUGACUGAGGCCUCUUGGAAAACCCUGUAUACCUGUCUAUCCACCUGCCUGACGUCAUGUCCAAACAGAAAGGUUCAGCUAAAACCCUGAUCAUCACAGACGAUGAGGAGGUCGAUGCUGAGGAGCUGAAUCCGUUCUCCUUCAAAGAGUUUUUACGCUGGAAGAACCAGGAUCCAGAUGAGGAGCCAGACCAAAACCAAGACCAACACCAAUAUGUAGACAAUAAGCUGACACAGAGCAAGUCAAGUGGUUAUCAGAGGUUGUUCGAUGUCGGUAACGUGACUUUUGACCCUGAGAUCAGGAGCUGUUUCUUCUCCGAGCCCUCUCUGGCACAACAGUCAGAGAUACAUGUAUCUCAGUCUAACCAGGGAGAGGAGGAGGAGGAGGAAUGGGGGCGGAGCUUUCUGUCAGGUGUAGACAGCACCUCCUCCCUUUGCACAGAGGGGGAGGAGGAGGAGGAGGAGGAUGGGGAGGAAGAGGAGACCAGGUUCUCAUCAAAACUUGAAGUCCAGCAGAAAGGAGGAGUAGAGAACUAUGAAGGAGACGAUGAGACCUCUAUUGCUGAACCGGUCACCUCCUGCAGACGGAAGAGCGGGAGGAUCAGUCAAAUACAACAGUUGAAGGAUGAGAACAUGUCCUUAAGGAGAACCAUCAGGGAACUUCAAAAGAAAUCAGAUGAUAAUGACCGCAGAGUGUUGGACCUGUCUGAGGAGCUGCUCCAGAGGAGGCGUCAGGAGGAGAGGGAGGCUCAGGAUCUGGAGAGCAUGGUUCACUCUGUGGAGCAGAACCUCCACCUGAUGACGAAGCGAGCAGUGAAAGCAGAGAGCAGUGUUUCCAAACUGAAGGUGGAGCUGCAGCAGCUGCAGGUGGAGGUUGAAUCUUUGCGGUUGGAGAAUGACAGUCUGAAGGCAGCAGAGUCGGAAGUUGUCAUGACGAUGAGACACAAUGCUCAGAUGGCGUCUAAGUACCUUAACAAAUCGGCGAGCCUUGCCCACUCAUCCAUCCGGCAGCUGUUGGGGGAAGCGGAGACACUCCAUUUGGUCUCUCAGCUGCUUCAGUCCAUCGACAAGAUUUCCAACAUUCAGUCAGAUUCCUGAAGUCCCCGAGACCCACUUCAGAGCUUCAGACGUCCACUUGAACCUCAUUUUUGAGACAGGAAGGAGAUGGUAUUUGUCAUGGAGCGGCCCUGAUAUGAUGAACUUUGUGGUCUGCAGGUCCAAGUCAUUUCAUAUCCUCUCAUUGUCCAGUGGAAAUAUCCUCAAUUCU